GUCUCGCAACUCACUGAACAGAAAAUGAACACCGUUUAUGACAGAACAAUGGCCGCCGCCAUGGCACAGGCACUCGCCGCCAACUCCAACAUGGCCUCCGACAAGGCACAGAUGCGCCUCUACCUCGACACACUCAAGGCCAUGGUGCCUCAGUGUCCCAAGAACCGCAAGGUGUCCAGACAGGAGCUCAUCGAGCACGUCAUCGACUACAUCAGCGACCUUCAGGACACCCUUCAGUCCGACUCGGACUCCGACAGUCGUCCAGGGAGUCCUAUGGACGCCGUCGCUUUCAGCGACUCCUUCAACCAGCAACCACAAUAUGGCGGUUAUGGCCUUCAACCCGACCAGUACUCCCUCGCCGACCAAGGUUUCUACUCCAGCCACAACGACAAUGUUCAUCAACCUCAACUCGGAAGCACUUUCCCCCACGGAAGCUACUCCAUCAACUCUGCUUCCAGUAAUUUCGUCAGUGCCAGCAGUCCCUACAGUGGCUACAGUGCAGACUACAGCAGUGGCUACAACAGUGAUGGCAGCAACUGUAGCUCGUACAGUUCUGGAUCGUACUGA